GAAGAAAUUAGAGGAGAUGUGGUUGGUUUGAUGGUUUGAUUUCUUACAAGUCGGAGAAGACUAAAAUAGAAUACACCGACAACGAUAUCCGUUUUGUGUAGGAACAAACGCAACGGAGACUUUUUUUUUCCGCAAUCAACCCUUCUCUCUGAUCACAAUAAAGCUCAUUUCUUGUGUUGACUUCUCGUAUUCUCCUUUUCCUUUGGAAAAAUCCAAACCAGGAAGAUUUUGAAAGAAGACGAAGACGGAGACACGAUCUGCAUUGGUAUUAGCUCCAAUUAGCAGUGCUGCAUUGUUCUUCUUAUAAGAUCAUGCAUAUUGUCUUGUGAUAAUGAUGUUUCACUCUGAUGGCAGAUGGAACACCGACAUACAAUGUGGAUGAAGCUCUUGUGGCCUUGGGGUUUGGAAAAUUCCAAUACUAUGUGCUUGGUUAUGCAGCCAUGGGCUGGGUUUCUGAAGCGAUGGAAAUGAUGCUUCUCUCUUUCGUAGGACCAGCAGUUCAGACUGCUUGGGGUCUUUCUUCUAGCCAAGAGAGCUUUAUAACUAGUGUGGUUUUUGCUGGCAUGUUAGUUGGAGCAUAUUCAUGGGGGCUAGUUUCGGAUAAAUAUGGACGAAGGAAAGGAUUCUUAAUCACAGCAGUGGUUACUUCUGUAGCUGGUUUUCUGAGUGCCUUUUCCCCAAAUUAUCUUUCUUUGAUUGCUCUACGUUGUUUGGUCGGUGUUGGUUUGGGAGGUGGUCCUGUACUUGUAUCCUGGUUUCUAGAAUUUAUCCCUGCUCCAAGCAGAGGCACUUGGAUGGUUAUAUUUUCAGCAUUUUGGACGGUGGGAACAAUUCUUGAGGCCUCACUUGCCUGGCUGGUCAUGCCAAGAUUGGGUUGGAGAUGGUUGCUUGCAUUAUCUGCUGUUCCAUCAUCUCUUCUCCUUUUAUUCUAUGGAGUGACACCAGAAUCACCAAGGUUUUUAUGUUUGAAUGGUAGAAGAAAGGAUGCACAGAAUGUUUUGGAGAAAAUCGCAAGACUAAAUGGAACAAAGUUGCCUCCUGGUAUUUUAGUUUCUGAACGCGAACUUGAGGAACAUGGAAAGAAUAUUUCAUCGGAGGGUUCAAAGUUACUCGGUGAAGAUAAAAGUUCUGAAGGUUUAGAAUCUAACUUUGGGGGCAUCUCGUCACUGUUGAUUCUUUUUUCUCCGAGAUUAGUUAGGUCAACCCUGUUGUUAUGGAUGGUAUUUUUUGGGAAUGCAUUUUCAUAUUAUGGCCUGGUGUUACUCACCACCGAGCUGAACAAUGGUAAUAAUAGAUGCGGCCCAACUCAAAUUCAGUCAGAAAAGAGCCAGGAUGUUAGCUACAAAGAUGUUUUUAUCACUAGUUUUGCAGAAUUUCCUGGGCUUCUUAUAUCUGCUGCCACGGUGGAUAGAUUUGGUCGCAAGCUUUCGAUGUCAUCCAUGUUCUUCAUAUGUUGCAUUUUCCUACUCCCCUUGCUCUUCCAUCAGCCUCCGGAACUAACUACUGUUCUUCUGUUUGGAGCUCGAAUAUGUAUCACAUCAACCUUCACAGUGGUUUAUAUAUAUGCUCCAGAGAUAUACCCAACCUCUGUUAGAUCGUUCGGUGUUGGAGUUGCAAGCUCAAUAGGAAGAAUUGGUGGAAUGGUUUGUCCUCUCGUGGCGAUAGGUUUGGUACAUGGAUGUCAUCAAACCGCAUCCAUAAUUCUUUUUGAAGUUGUAAUUUUUCUAUCUGGGAUUUGUGUUUCGCUCUUCCCAUUUGAAACCAAGGGCCGUGAUUUGAGUGAUAGUGUAUUAAGCUUAAAAACAACUGAUGAAGAAAUUCAACUGUAGCGUAGGUUAGAUCAUCUGUAUUCGUC